UCCAUUUGGUUCCAAAUUUUAGUGAGACCUUGAUAUGUGUAAUGGCGGUUGCUGAUUUAGUUUUCAACUAGUCACUUUAAAUUAAAGCAGAAAUUCAAUCAGAUUUCUUUGUUUAUUUGUUAAGAAAAUUAUAUUCUACUUUUUUUUAACCAAUCAAGUUUAUAUCAACGCUACUGUCUCAUAUCAAAGCUUUUAUUUGAGGAAAAUUUAACCCACUGACCGUUACAUAGGCCUGACUACAAUGGCAAAUUAUAGCUGUGAUAAUCUAGUGGAUGUCCCCGACACCUGUAUAAAGAAAAGGCAUAUUGAUUUUAAUCGAAGACGAUCAUAUAACGUUGAUGAACUUUUGUCAUCAUCACCUUUACGAUGUGAUAGCAACUCUGAUGACAGCAUAGACAAUUCUCCUGUUAAAGGAGCUAAUACAUUUAUAGUCGGGAAUGACGAAUCGUUUCGAGCGUAUAUUGAGCGAACCAAAGUGGAAACGAGGCGUCAAGAUAGCUUUAAGCUCCGUGAUAUUAAAAGAUACGUCCCCAACAGAUUUGUCUCAAAAGAAACAGCCACAUGUAGAGCAGAAAGUGAUCGGCCCUUAGAAAUACAAAAUAAAUUGGAAAUAAUAAAAGAGUCUCUCAAUUCACCUGCUGAAAGCCGGGAAAAAAUUGAAGUCAAGAGAGAAACUCCCAAAAGAGGUGUACAACGCUCUGUUAGUCUGAAAAGUCGCGAAAAACCCAAAAUGACAGGGAAAUCAUCCAUAGAUAAUAAUAAAAAUAGACGCCGAUCUAAUGCCCUCCCUAAAAUGAGUGAUAUAAAUAAAGAAAAGAUUGACGGAAGGGGGGAAGCAAAAGAAAAUACAAAAGAAAAGUCAAAAAAAGUGAAAGAGGUGCCUAAAGUUAAUGACAGGAUGAAAGACUCAUCUUUUAGUGAUUUAUCAAGCAUAUCAAGUGUUAGCGACUUGUCUUUAUCAAAUGUUUUAAACGUUUCACGGCCUAUUACUGGAAGAAUUGAAAGAAGGGCAGCAAAUGAUGUUGAUGAUAAAAAAAGUGAUAAAAAAGAUAGUUCUAAGAAAAAGAUAUUUCCCCAGAUCAAAGCAGCGUUAUUUAGGCCUGGGCAGAAAUUUGCCAAAAUAUCUGAGAAAAAAAGCGGUCCUGUUAAAGCUACUCCAGCUAAGAAGGAAAUUGAUAAAGAUAUUUCCGAAACUUCACAAGAUAGUGGCAUAUCUUUUUCGAAUCAAGCUGCUCCUAUACUAGCAUCGACGCCCGUUAAGAAGAGCCAGUCUAUUGCUUCACCAUUUAUCCAAACGCCUAAAAAAUCUUUUAUACCGACACCUAAAAAAUCAGGAAGUUCUAUACGAAGGAGUAAUUCAUCAGCAAGUUCAGCAGAAAAUCUUAUGGGUUUUCAAACGCCAGUUAAAACUGAUAUACUGGUUGAUUUUACUCCAUAGUAAAAGGUAUCACUUAGGCUUUUUAAAGAGUUUUUACCCUCUGUAAUUUACUUUAACUGAGUGAACAGUAAAAAAACAAAUGAAGAUUUAUAUUAGAAAAGAGUUUAUUAACCUUGAAAGCUUUUUUUUCUACUUUAUUUUAAUAAUGACUUUAAAAAAAAAUUUUUUAACCAGUUUUUUUUAAGUUUUUUUAAUGAAGUAAUUAACCUCUGUGUUAAUCAAUUCAUUUCAGCUUCGCAGGCAAAGGCGUCGGAAAAGCAUAGACACAAUGGAUUUCGAUUUCGAAGGCGUAAAUAAAACAGCCGUUUGUCUAUAAUAGUCUUUGCUUGGUGUGUUGCCGUGAAUAUUUCUUGUAUAGUUAACAUAGAACGUAGACUGGUAGUAAAAUGUUGCUUUUCUUUUUGAUAUUCUAAAUACUUUAACUGAAUUACUAUACACUGUACAAAUAGGAGUUUUUAAACUUCUAUUUUUCGUUUACUGUUUUUUUUUUCAAUAAAAAAUAUUGUUCAUGUAUAUGAACACUCAUG